AUGGAUCCCUUGACUGUCCUCCCGUCCGAGAUAGUGCUCCGCAUUCUCGAGUUCGCAUCCAUUGGCAUUAUCGCCAACUUGACUCGGACAGCCAGGUCAUGGCACACCUUCAUCGACGAUAUACACCAAGAUGCUAUAUAUGCCGCUCACCUCCCGCGGGCCUCACGCUCAACCACGCCCAAUGAAUACAUGGGUGCCUUGAAAGCCUUCCGCCCCGACUCCCUCUCGCACGGCGUCAGUUCAUGGAAAGAAGCCUGCAGGCGGCGCUGUCUGCUGCAGGACGCAUGGGACUCUCCCAACCCUAGGCCCAUCGCCACUGUUAUCCAGAUCGGCAGCCACCCAGUAUGGCGUUUCAAGCCCGACUUUGACCGCAGGCUCAUCGUGUCGACGAGCCAAGCAGGCGGCGUCAACGUGGUCGACAUGGACACGGGUGACUUGCUCUGGUCACUGGGCCGCCAUGAGGUACGGCCUUUUGCUCAUCUGGAGUACCAGGAUGGUACCGCUGUCUGGGACCGCUUCGGAAAUUCGCUUGAAGUUUGGAAGACGGACUUGCCCGACUGCGUGAGGGGCGAGUUCCGCCGGGUCGCAUUGCUGCCUCAUGACACCGAGACGCGAGGCUUCCAGCUGUCCUACGACACACUCUGCGUGGUCUCUACCGAGGGGGAGGGCUUUGUGUACGAUGUUCCUACAGCACGUCCCGAGGCACCGGUGACGCUGCGGACGCACCUACGGAUUGCAAAUGGGGCCAUUGGCCACCUGUAUCAAUGUCAAAAAGCCGUGGUGUACUCCAUGGGGUCGGAGGGCUAUCACUUCCACGACAAGAUAUCUGGCGAGCUGCUGGGCGUUCUCCAGCCCCGGAGUGCGAGCCAAGUGCAGGUAUACCACAUUGCGCACCCUGUCACCUUUGCAUCCGAUGCCAGCAACAUCGUCGACAUUAUCGGUGGCUUUGGCGGCAUACUAUCAACUCAGACCGGGCUGCCGUUCGGGCCUCAGAACAACGCCGAAAGACUAACGCCCAUGGCCGUUGGGCAGGGCCCAUUGACUUGCGAACUGCGCCGGGCCGACCCAGAAGCAGAGGCACAGCAUCUCAUUCCCCCCAUCGACGAAGACGAGUGGGGGGCGGGCAUGCUGAAUGGGAAUACGAUGGCUGGUGUGUCCCGCGGUGGGCGGCUGCUUGUUUGCUGGGAUUGGCAACGAGCCCUCAGCCACCCACAAGACCUGUCUUCAUUUACAGCCGUUAUCGAGUGUGAGCCAAGCGGCGAUAGAAGCUUCGAUCUAGGAGGCUGGCUUUCUAUCCACGAGACAGUGGGUGGUAAACGAGUGCUGUUCGAGGUGAAGGAGAGAAUCUACAUGCUCUCGCUUGGCGAAGAUGGUAGAUUCGAGUUGGGUAGGCCGGCUUUCGCAGUAGCACAGAGUAUUGCGCCGCAGAUCACGGUUCCAGUCAGUUUCAUGGCUAUUUAUGACGAUUGUAUCAUGAGCACCUUCACAACACUAGGCAUGGAGCUAGAGGAGGACGGGGACGGAGACGGGCCGGAGGAGCAGCUGGACCCUCCACGCAGGGAGAGAUAUUUCCCAACGAAGGCAGUGAGGGUGUUGUGCCUUGCGCCUGAUGUCGAUGGGGAUGCCUCGGAUAACACCGAUGUGUAG